AUGAAGUAUGUUCUCAUCAGCGGCGGAGUCGUCAGUGGCCUUGGCAAAGGUGUCACUGCCAGCAGCAUCGGCGUCGUCCUCAAGGCCUGUGGCCUUCGCGUCACUUCCAUCAAAAUCGAUCCGUACUUGAACAUCGACGCUGGCACCAUGUCUCCCUUCGAGCACGGAGAGGUUUUUGUUCUCGACGACGGUGGAGAGGUUGAUUUGGAUUUGGGAAAUUACGAGCGCUUCCUCGAUGUCACGCUUACCAAGGAUAACAACAUCACCACUGGAAAAAUAUACCAGUCUGUUCUUGAGAAGGAACGUAAAGGAGAUUAUCUAGGGAAAACUGUUCAGGUGGUUCCGCACAUCACUGAUGCUAUUAAAGAUUGGAUUGAGUCGGUUGCUGUGAUUCCCGUGGACGGAAAAGAGGGCCCUGCAGAUGUUUGUGUGAUUGAGCUGGGAGGGACUGUGGGUGAUAUUGAAUCUAUGCCAUUUAUUGAGGCUCUACGGCAAUUGUCCUUUCAAGUAGGGCCUGAUAACUUCUGUCUCAUCCAUGUUAGCCUGAUACCAGUGUUGGGUGUAGUGGGAGAGCAAAAAACAAAGCCUACACAACACAGUGUCAGGGAACUGCGAGCAUUGGGAUUGACACCUCAUCUUUUAACAAGUCGCUCUGCUGAGCCAAGCGACACCUCCUGA